GACUCGCUCGAGCUUCACAUGGUGCGGCUGGAACUGGAGGAUGUGGAGAAGCAGAUCCGCGGCCUACUCGACAAGCAGGCCCAGCUGCUGGAGCGACAAACUGCGCUGGAAACAUCUUGUGCCUCUGCCCACAUAUCCAAGGUAAGCACACAGCGUGGUAUUUCCACUCCCAGGCCCUCUACGCCGUAUGUUUCUCUGUGCAGGGACCGUGCACCUAGGACUUUCCCAGCCGUGGUCUCCGUCACGCCGGCGCCAACACACCUCGGGCCUUGGGUGAACCAGCGGCGGAAGGCGCAGGCUGGACCCCAGGUGAGGAGCUCUCCACCUCCGGUGUUCGAGAUUCCGACCAGGAACCGCUUCGCCCCUCUCCGUCAGACCAGACCUAACGCUGUGAUCGUCGGGGACUCCAUUGUGCGGAACGUCCAUGUAGCCUCAUCUAAAGGUAAGGUGCGCACACACUGUUUUUCUGGUGCUUGUGUCCUUGAUGUCGCUGCGCAGGUAUCUGGGAUCCUGAAGAAGGACGAGCACAUUGGAGCGGUUGUGCUGCACGCGGGGACGAACGACACCAGGCUGCGGCAGACGGAGGUUCUGAAGAGGGACUUCUCCAGCCUGAUCGAGACGGUACGAGGCAGAUCACCCACUGCGAAGAUCAUCGUCUCUGGACCUCUUCCCACAUACAGACGUGGAGCAGAAAAGUUCAGUAGACUUCUAGCUUUAAAUGAUUGGUUAGUCUCUUGGUGUAAUGAGCAGAAUCUGGUGUUUGUCAAUAACUGGAAUCUGUUCUGGGAGCGUCCUAGGUUGUUUCGUCCUGAUGGCCUGCACCCCAGCAGCCUUGGAGCGGAACUGCUGUCUGACAACAUCUCCAAGGCGCUACACUCCAAGUGACUGCCUACCGUGUAUCCUGGAGAGCAUCAAGGCCUGUACCAUCAAUGCCUGCUACGUUUAUGGCUCAGUCUCAGAUAGAAAAGCCCUGCAGCUCAGUCCAUUCUGGGUCACAUUUUCCUGCCAUUGAGGACAUCCACACUGGAUGGUGUAUAAGGAAGGCCUGCAGUAUCAGAAAGGAUCUCUCUCAACCCUGCUAUUGACUGUUCACAGUACUCACUUUGGGAAGAAGACCAUCUGGGCCAAGUCUACCAGAUUAAUAUGAUAGCACUUGAUUUAUACAGGCCAUUAGACUUCCCAGCAGAUUGGUCUGAUGGCCAUUCAAACAAAUCAGUUCAC